UGAGCGGUCGUGUGGGCGGUGUCACCUGAGGCUCAGGACAGGAGCAGGAGGAGACAGGAGCAGGGGGACACCGGGGACAAGAGGCGACUUGAGGAUGUCUGUGAAUGACGAGGGCUACGUGGUCCGGAUCAGAGGACUGCCCUGGUCCUGCACACAGGAGGAGGUGGCCAGCUUCUUCUCUGACUGUGACAUUGUUGGCAAAGUGAACGGAGUGUGUUUCACCUACUCUAAAGAAGGCCGUCCCAGUGGAGAGGCGUUUAUUGAGCUGAAAGCAUCUGAAGGUUUCAAGAACGCCCUCUCCAAGGACCGAAAAUACAUGGGACACAGAUACAUAGAGGUGUUCAAGUCAAACCGUAGUGAAAUGGACUGGGUGCUGAAGCGUAGGGGUCCUGCUGAUUAUGACAGCUGCAGUGGUUGCAUGCUGAGACUUAGAGGCCUGCCCUUUGGCUGCAGCAAGGAGGAGAUUGUUCAGUUCUUCUCAGGGUUGAGAAUCGUGCCAAAUGGGAUUACUCUGCCAGUGGACUACCAGGGGAGGAGCACAGGGGAAGCCUUCGUGCAGUUUGCCUCAAAGGAGAUAGCAGAAAAGGCUCUGGGGAAACACAAGGAAAGAAUAGGGCACAGGUAUAUAGAGAUUUUUAAGAGCAGUGGUAAUGAGAUCAGAGCCUACUAUGAGCUGCCCCGGCGGGGGAUGGGAGGCCAGAGACCAGGACCCUAUGAUAGACCCAUGAUGGGGGGCCCACGCGGAGGGUUUUUUGGACCGGGGGUUGGCCGUGGUGGGGCUCUGAUGAACACCAUGAGGAGCGGAGGAGGUUAUGGAGGAGGUUACAGUGGCUUUGACAGUUACAACGGUUUCGACAACUACUGUUUUGGCAACGACAUGUUUGAUGAGCGCGUGAGAGGAGAGAGGGGAGGAAGAGGGAUGGGAGGCCACAGUUAUGGUGGUCAAGAUGAUGGUGGCUCAGGCUUUCACAGCGGCCAUUUUGUUCAUAUGAGGGGUCUACCUUUCCGUGCCACGGAGGGAGACAUCGCUAAGUUCUUCUCUCCUUUGAAUCCACUGAGGGUUCACAUUGAUGUGGCUCCUAACGGCAAGUCGACUGGAGAGGCAGAUGUGGAGUUUCGCUCCCAUGAAGAUGCUGUGGCAGCCAUGUCCAAAGACAAGAACCACAUGCAGCAUCGCUACAUCGAGCUGUUUCUCAACUCGACCUCCAGCGGAGCAGCUGAGAUGAGUCGUGGCGGGGGGGGUUACUACAGUAACUCAGGAGGGGGUGGAGGCUCACGGAGCAGCGGGCUGCGAGGUGCUUACUGAUGAAGUCGUCCCUCUUCCGAUCCAUCCUGGCGUUUGUUUCACAUCUCUUUAGCCCACAUUUACUCAGCUCAAGUUUCUAAGCAGGAAUACUGAUACAAUCACUAGUUCAUUUCGUUCGAGCCAUUGUUAUUACUGUGGGGUUCUAGUAUAACUUCACCUUCACUACAAACAGACCAAAUAUGACUUUAACAAGCACUAUUAUCUCACCAUUCCUAAAAGCACAUGAAGAACAAAACAUGUUGUAGCUGUUGGUGCUGAACAUGAUCGAAGCAUCAUUGUUUCUAAAGAAAAAAGUUUAAUUGGAUAUUGUUGUAUAGUUUUUCAUAAUAAUAACCAGUUUUUGAAUUGGAUUGAAAAGGCAGAAACUAAAUGUGAGUUUUUCAAUAUUUUAUUGAGAUGCACUUUAAUUUAUCUUGUUCCACAUCUCACUUGUUAGUAAGAGAUGUAAAUCAGUGCUGACUCAGGAUCAUGGAGGAGACAUGCAUUCGGUGUGAUAUAAAUAAGAUUGUGAAUAUCGCUGCACUGUUAGAACUGAGCAUGGUCACUUGAUGACACUUUUAGGUGAUUGAUGCUCUUUAAGAGGCCAAGCAGGGAAAAGCAAAGACAAAAACAAGCAACUGUAGGUAAAAACACUUCACAUAUUUUAAAACCACUUUUAAAAAUCUUUUAUUCCAGUAAAAGCUUCUUUUCAACAGAAUAUUUAACCAUUGUUUCCACCUGAUUUCACACCAGCUUUCCUGCUUUGAAAAGUUUGAUAAAUGUGAGCUGUUGUGUUUUUUUUAUGAAUGUUUUCACAGUUCAUUAAAGAAUUAAACUAAGUUGAAUAUUAUAUUCCGCUCUCAAAGAGUGGAAGUGAAAUAAAGGUUCUAUAUUUGAGCUGUAAGAUGCUUGUGCAGCUGUUGUACAUUUUGCCUAAUAAAUUUUAUAUUUAAUUCUCCA